AUGGAUGUACGGUUUAUGAAAAUUAGUAGUCACAAAGUUGGUGACAACGAAAAUCGAAGUCAAAUUGGAAAGGGUAAAAGGAUUAAUGAGACAUUCAAAGGUGAUGCAAAUAUAAAAAGGAAAAAGGAUACAAAGCCAAAUGAUGAAAUCCGAGAUGUGAGGAUCUUUAGGUGCAUAAACAUUAAGAGUAAAGGUUUUGUUGGAGAAGAUGGAAACUUUGGGGAAACUAGCUCAGAUGAUAAAGCUGAAGUUUGUUCCAAUGACAGAAGUGAAGUCAAAAUGAAUAAACAAAGGGUUAGAAAUGAAGAAGAAAUAAGUAAGAAAAGAGUGAAGAGUGAUGAGAAAAUUGAAGACCCAUCUGAAAUGAACAUAAGCCUGAAGGUCCAAUCCGAUAAUAAAGUAUAUAGUGAUGAAAAGGUGAUCGUGUAUUGUCCAUUGUCUGUUGAAGUGAGUACAGGUGAUAUUGAAAUGGCUGAAGUAAAA